GGUAUGUGCAGCACGCGCAGUUAAAUGUUCGUCAGCGUGCAGCUGGAGCAGCGUCUACUGUCAGCUCUUCAGAUUGAGCAGUUAGCUCGAUGGCUAGCAAACGGCACUGUUUAGAGAGAUACAUGGCCAGUGUACUCUGUGUAUCCUUUUAAGGGCGUUUCUCCGAUAACAUUAGCUAGACUAGGAAGUGAAACAGUCAGCAAAGUAGUGUUUUCUGUCAGCACCUUACAGUGAAAGGACGACGAGAACUGAAAUUGAAGCUAACGUUGGUUAGCUAGCUAAUGUUAGCUUGCCAACGCAAUGGCCUACAGGUGUAUCCCAAAUGAUGUAAGGCACCUCCGCCUGUAGAGACCAAGAUGACUGAAGUCCAGGCCACAGUGGAGUUCUCUGUGGAGCUCCACAAGUUCUACAAUGUGGACCUGUUCCAACGAGGCUUCUACCAGAUUCGUGCUAAUCUGAAGGUGCCACCCCGGGUCCCACACAAAGUUGAGACCAGUCUGCUUCACCCAGGAGGAUCCGAUCUGGCAUUUCCUGCUUCAGUCCAAGAUGAUGUCAUCUGUAGCAAAACUUUCCAAAUCCUGUACAAGAAUGAAGAGGUUGUGGUCAACGAUGUCCUCCUCUUCAAAGUGAUGAUGCUGCUGGAUGAGAAGAAGGUGGAAGAGUCCCUCAACGACAUGGAUUUCCAGCUCUUCUUGGAUUUAUAUUUCACAGAUGGCGAUUACACGCCAGAUGAUCAGAGCUCUCUUCAGAAUAUCAGUGGCCGCACACUUCGUUUGCACUUCAGCCUUCAGCGAGGCAUCCACCAACACGUCAAUGUCAUGUUUGAUUACUUCCACCUGUCUGUCAUCUCUGUAGCCAUCCAUGCCUCCCUAGUGGCACUACAUCAGCCCCUUAUCAGUUUGCCUCGACCAGUGAAAUCCACAUGGCUUAACCGCAACGCUCCAGCACAGAGCAAAGACUCAGUCAUCCCACCUCUGGAGAAUGUGGUGUUCGGCAGCAGUUAUGUCAAGCAAGUAUCACCAGAUGGUAGGACAUUCCUGGUAUCUGAACACUGUCUGCAGCAUGCCUUCAUUCUGCAUCACAGCCUUUGCUCCAAUCUUCUACUGGCCUACCAGAGCCUCUUUGGCUACUUCACCUCUAUUACCAAGGACCUGCCCUCCUCCCAUCGUAUGGAACUAGCCAAGCCCAGCAUGCAAGUCCUAUAUGAGAGAGUACUCAGAAGACCCUAUCCCCGAAGUCAAAGGCACGUCUACAUAGAACAACUCGACUUAGAGGCCCGUCUAGCUGAGUUAUGUGAACAAGUCAAGCAAAAAGCAGAGUCCCCUGACGAACUGGCAGAACUGGUAAAUAUGAACCUGGCUCAGCUCUGCUCUCUGCUCAUGGCACUCUGGGGACAAUUCCUAGAGGUAGUGUCCCUGCAGGAGCAUGUUGCUGCCCUACUAGCUAUGGAGCACCAUACACUAAGAGUAAGACGGUUUGCUGAGGCUUUCUUUUGUCUCGAACAUCCAAGACAAUCUGCACUGGCGUAUCAGGAACUACAUGCUCACAGUCACCAGCAGAUGACUAAUGCUAUCAAAAGCUCCAGCUACUUCCUGUCUUUGCCUCCACUUCCAGUGGAAUGUGCAGACCUGGAUGGUGAUGUUAGCUCCCUGCCGAUCAUCUUUGAGGAUAGAUAUCUGGAUUCUAUCACUGAAGACCGUGAUGGACCCUGGCUGGGCAUACACAAUACAAGGACUGGAUCAGUGUCCAGCAAAACGGACAAGGCCAACUCCAAGGACUGUAGUGCAGCAGCGAGCCCCAUACCUGAGUCUCGGUGUGCCACUGUGGAUAACACCUGGCCAGACAGCUACGAUCCACCGCCUAAGUCCAAAGGCAAGUCAGUCAAACUGAAGAAAAAUUCAAAGACUGAAAACUCCAAGAAGCUGAUUAGACAAGGCUCCAAGGACUCUGUUGUUCUAGUGGGCUAUAAGAACCUCAAAGCUCCUUAUAGUGACACCAGCACAAAGUACAAGGAAGGGGACGCUCCCCUAAACCAAGAAGAGGAACGGGAUACCUUGCAGGGGGACGCAAGUAGUUAUUUAAGGACUACUGCCAGUUCUGUUUUUGACUCUGGUGCCACAUCAGCACAUUCUGGAAACAGUGCUGUUGAUUCUGGUGCAGAUGACCAUAUAACUACUGCUGCUUGUCAAAAAGGUUUUUUCAAAAAUCCUAAAAACUUAGAUGCACAGAAUAAUCCUCAGGCAGGUACUGGGGCUAUUGCUACAUGCAACCAACCACUUCACAAAGAUGAGCGAGUUGACCAUGGUGGCCAAAAGCUGCCACAGUGGUCUGCUGGGCUGAAGCAAAUUGAGGUCAAACCAAGUAACAAGGACCCAUACCAAGGGGACAAAGUAACGGUUCUUCUAUCAUGUCGUACUGAUGGAACUCUAAGCAGUAAUAUUCCUGAGAUCACCCAGACAGACCUCUGUGACUCAAAACAGUCUGUGGUGGACUCUGUGUUUGAAAGGCCAGGUAAAGAGGCUGCACAGCGUAGCCAGUCCUGUCUGGUCUCAGUACAGGUAAAGAGUGAUUGUAUCAGGCUGCCAGAUGGAGGAGUCCCCAGUGCCUCGUCUCGCCUCUCAGACUCUGGCAUUGAGAGUGAGCCCAGCUCCUUUGCCACUCAGCAUGUUUCAGGCCUGCAGACUUGUGCAGGGCUAGGCGUUGCUGAAUCAGGUGUUGCUUCCCCACAGCCUGAGAGGCCCCUCCUGAGUCCAGCACCACGGCCUGUUCAGCAAAGCUCAGUGCAAAAGCCCGGUGGGGCAGCAGACAUUCUUUACCCAGAAAAUACCAGUGGUGUUAGUGGAGUCCAGUCCUCUCUCACUUCCAUCAACUCCUUGCCUUCAGAUGAUGAGGGCGAAGGUUCCUCCAGGGGAUCCAGUGGAGCUGAAGUCCGAGGCAGGAAGUCCAGUGUCUUGGUGCAGGAGCAGAGUUUAGUCUUCUCUGGGGAUAUCACUAACAGACCUGCCAUUGAUGUGGCCUGCACCUCUGACACUGCUGCAGGUGAUUCCCAACUGAUAAAACCUGCCUUUGACUUGGAAACAGACUCCAAAUUAAUAGGUAUUUCUGAACUUGGACUAGAAGGAGCAGCUGGUUCUGGGGCUGUUAAAGAAUCCCGUAGUGAACCUCAUACUGCCUGCCCCUCCAGUAACUCUGCCACCAGUAGCACCGACAUGGUAAAACGUGGGAUGGUAGAGAACUACUUUGGCUCAUGCUCUAGCACAGAUGUGUCUGAGAUCAGCCCUGUAGAAACAUCUGCUAUCACACUGGGGAUCCGGACAGGACCACAGGUCGAGGAGGAUGAGGACGAGGCAGAGCAUGAGAUGAUCGAGAAUGGUUACUACGAGGAAGGUGAUGGCUAUGCUUUUGUGAAUGGUGUUGCUGAUGAGCAGCAAAGUGGGGCUGGAGAUGCAGCUGCUCAAGAGACAAGUCUUCUGUUUGAACAGCUUAGCAUCGGCUACCUCCAUGAAACAAAGGAUUUAUCAAAAGCUCCCAUCUGCUCCAACCUAGCCUCUAGCAGUGUUGGGCAUAGCUUUGGAAGACCUCCCUGUCCCUCCACCUCCUUUUCCUCUAGCCUGCAGUGGUAUGAAUGUGCACUCACACCACAGAUGAAAGCGUUUAUCAAGGCAAAGGAAGAAAUGAAACAGCUAAAGCUACCUGGCUUCUUAUAUAGUGAGGUACCUGAGCUGGCAUCCACUGUGCCCUAUUUCAGCUUGGAGGAAGAUGAAAGCUGUGAAGAAGGCAUCCACCUCAUAGUCUGCGUCCAUGGUCUGGAUGGUAACAGUGCAGACCUGAGACUGGUGAAGACUUACCUGGAGCUUGGACUGCCUGGUGCUCGUAUAGACUUCCUAAUGUCUGAGAGGAACCAGAAUGACACUUUUGCUGACUUUGAGUCAAUGACUGACCGAUUGCUGGAUGAAAUAGUCCAGUACAUUCAGAUAUAUAACCUCACAGUGUCAAAGAUAAGCUUUGUAGGUCAUUCUUUGGGGAACCUCAUAGUUCGCUCAGUGCUAACUAGGCCUAGGUUUAAAUGUUACCUGAGCAGGCUGCACACCUUCCUUUCUCUGUCUGGACCUCACCUGGGCACAUUAUACAACAGCUCAGCUCUGGUCAACACAGGCCUUUGGUUCAUGCAGAAGUGGAAAAAGUCAGGGUCACUCCUGCAGCUGACUUGCCGUGAUCACUCUGAUCCUCGCCAAACUUUCCUCUACAAGCUCAGCAAGAAAUCUGGUCUGCAGUUUUUCAAGAAUGUGGUGCUGGUGGGGUCACUGCAGGAUCGCUAUGUCCCUUAUCAUUCUGCUCGAAUAGAAAUGUGCAAAACCGCAUUAAAGGACAAACAAACAGGUCCUGUGUAUGCUGAGAUGAUUGAGAACCUGCUGCUGCCAAUACUUCAGAACAAAGACUGUAAUCUAGUGCGAUAUGAUGUCAUUCAUGCCCUGCCCAACACAGCCAACUCCCUUAUUGGUCGGGCCGCCCACAUUGCCGUCCUUGAUUCUGAGAUCUUCCUGGAGAAGUUCUUCCUUGUUGCAGGCCUCAAGUUCUUUCAGUAGAACUGUGGACGAAUCAAACACAUGGCUGGAAGAGAGGGAUGUUGAGCUAAUACCUCACUGCAUCUAAACCUUAUCCAGAUUAUGGUAUCUGCAUUAUCUCUUGAUUUUUAAAUACAUAUACUCACAGAAAUCACAAUUUCUUUCAUUUCAUGUUGUUUAUUAUCUCAGUGGAUAUGGAGUUUGCCAUUUUUAUUUUUCUACUGCCAUUUUUUUAAACAUUGUUUUUUUGUGUGUUUGGGAAAUGAUUUCCCCCAUCAUAUGCUAUAUUUUCAGUGUUAUUUAUGUGUUAUGUUUUUACUUUUAAUUAUUUUGCUCCAAGUUAUUCAAUUAAUUUUAGAUGCUGAACUGGAAAUGUAGCUGCUACAAAAAAUGACAUGGCUGUUUUGGUGAGCUGGCCCAAGUCUAAUCUGCACAUACUGUCCUUACCAUUGCGAAAGUUUUCCCACCAGUUUUAAGGAACACUGCAUUGAUUUGCACCACAAAUACAUUUUACAAGCUUUUGUACUGAAAUGGUCAUUUGUACAAGUUACUUUUUUAUCAACAAUUUUCCAUCAUUUUUAAAGGCAAAUAUUGCAUUUGAAAUAGGAUUGUUGCUCAGACAUUGCAGCCUUGGCUUUUGUCUUAAUACUUUAUGCUGUUCCAGCAUUCUGCACAACAUUUACCCAACCUGGUGUUGGGAGAAUAAAGCUUUGCCUGCAACAUAACAUUACAGGGGUUUUAAGAAAUUAUCAUGAUUUCAGCAAAAGCACAUGUUGGUAAUAUGAACUUGUUUUAUUGAAAGUAUUUGGUUGGUAUCAUUUGGUAAUUAUUUAUGUUUAAACUGGAAAGUAUUGCUUGGAAUUAAAAAAUGUUUCUAGGAAAAUUGUUUAUAUAUCAUCAUACUCUAACCAUUAAAUAUGCAUAUUAUGAA